AGCAUCAUGAUAGACCACGUCCUCGGACGGCCAUCGUCCAAGUCGCGGCGCCUGCAGGUCCUGGCCGUCCUGUCCUUUUGGACCACUGACUGUAUGUCCAGAGGCCACAAACAUGGCCCGCCCAUUGCGCAGAACAUGUCAAAGUUCCUCUCCCGCAAGCUGACGGCAUGGCAGACGGUCGUCAUCACCAUGCUGUACCUCUACGCCGCGCGCAACUUCAGCGCCCUCGUCGGGCUGGCCAGCCCCGAGCCCAUGGCCAACAUGUACGACCCGACGUACUACCGGGCGACGUGGGUGCUGACGGCGCUGGACGCCGGCUUCUGGACGGCCAUGAAGAUCCGGUCCAAGUGGCUGCGGGACCUGGCCAGCAUCGUCUUCUCGCUCUACUACCUGGUGGCGGCGGAGCGGGCGGACGAAAAGGUGCGCAAGGUGCGCGGCAUGAUCACGGUCGAGCACCUGCGCGUGGCCUGGAACAAGGGCACGACGCCGUACCUGGGCUUCCUGCAGCGCCUGAUGCGGCCGCGCUUCACGAGGUGGCCUCCGCGACAGGUGCGCAUCCCGCGGCCCGCCAACAGCGACUACAACGAGGCCGUCUCCGCCUGGCUCUACUACGACGGCCCGCUGGCGGACCUGGCGCAUCACAGCCGCGUCGUGCUGGACAUCCCCGGCGGCGGCUUCGUGGCCAUGGACCCGCGCUGCAACGACGACAAGCUGUUCGCCUGGGCCUCCAAGACGGGACUCCCCAUCCUGAGCGUCGACUACAAGAAGGCGCCCGAGUACCCGUACCCGUACGCGCUCAACGAGUGCUUCGACGUCUACGUGACGCUCGUGCGGUCGCGCGGCCGCUGCAUCGGCAUGUCCGGGCGCGAGACGCCGCGCAUCGUCGUCACGGGCGACAGCGCCGGCGGCAACCUGGCCGUCGCGGCGACGCUCAUGGUGCUCGAGACGGGCAUCGGCCACUUCCGGAGGGCGGCGGGCGUGGGCAGGCUGCCGCCGCCCGACGGGCUCGUGUGCUUCUACCCGACGCUCGACAUGAACAUUGGCAACUGGAUGACGGACGAGCAGAUGUCGCUCAUCCGGGACCGCCGGUCGAGGCGGACGAACCGCUCCAUUGUCAAGCGCAAGAGCAUGCAGUACAACGACCUGGUCGGCACGCCGCAUCAUUCGGACAAUGAAGACGAGACGCCACCGCCGCCGUCGUCGUCCUCUAACAAACAGCCUCCAGCUGUUGAGAACGCCGCGUCCUCGACCGGAGGGACGACGAGGCCCGAGUAUUGCCACGCCGGGCCCAGGGCGCUCAGCACCUCGCAGAGCCCUGUCGGGAAGAGAGACAACGGCGCCGCCGCCGCCGCCGCCGUCUCGCAUCGCGCCGAGCCCAUGAAGACGCGCCUGGCGACGUCGUCGAUGAUCUCCUACUUCAACGACCGCGUCCUCACGCCCGAGAUGAUGCGGGCCAUGAUCAUCCUGUACAUUGGCGCGCACAACCGCCCCGACUUCACGCAGGACUACUUCCUCAGCCCCGUCCUCGCCCCCGAGGAGCUGCUCGAAAACUUCCCCAAGACGUACUUUAUGACGGGUGAGCGGGAUCCCCUUGUCGACGACACCGUCAUCUUCGCGGGACGCCUAAGGCGGGCAAAGGAGGCAGCGGCACGACGACGACGUCGGUUGGCCCGGACGGCGGCGGGUAUGGAUGACGACGACGACAACUGGACGUUUGACGACAAGGAGGUGACCGAGGUGCUUCUCAUCCCCGGGACGUCGCACGGCUUCAUGCAGUUCCCGGGGGUGUAUCCGCCGGCCUGGAAGCACUUUGAUCGCAGCGCUGCGUGGUUCGACCAGCUCUUUGCCGAUGCCGAGGCGCAGAGGGUAGAAGAGGCUCGACGAGCGGCUGCGGCUGCAGCUGCUUCGUCUAGGAUCGGUCAUCAGAACCAGCAGACGACUCCUCGCAAUGGCUUCCGGCGGCAGUCCAUUGCCGAGUCGAGCGGUGACGAGGACAGGCCGCUCGAGAUUCGCAUGACGAAAAUGUCGCGCGGGCGGACGUUGACGCAGAAUGGGGAUGCUGCGAACGGGCAGGGACGUGUGAUUGCCGAGGAGACGACGUCGAGUUCGCCGCCUGUUGACGGCGGUGCCAAUGUCAACGGAAAUGGAGACGACGCCGCCAACAAUGGGAGUGUCGCCGGAGAGAAGAAUGGGGCUGGGGCUGGGGCUGGGGCUGGGGCUGGCAAGAGGACGGCGAAGAAGGGCGGCAUCAGGGGGAACAAGAGCCUGGUGAAGCUGACGAGCUCGGAUGACUUGCUGGGGCGGCGGAUGCAUGGGCUUGCGAGCGGGUUGACGAGCACGGGGGAUGACGAGCAGCUGUACAUGUGA